AAUGCUUGUUUAGUUUUACUUUUAGUUUUGUUUAGUGUUUAGUUUUCAUUCUUUAGUUUCGAAAAUUUGAACUAUUUUGUUUUACAUGUUGACAGCGAGAUAAAUUUCCAUCUGCUCGUGAGUCGUGGUCAGCAGAAUUCUCAACUUUUCUCUCAUUCUCUCUUCCCCACUUUGACGAACACCUGUUUGUAUAUUUUUUUGCACUAUUUAUAUUAUUUUUCUGUCGUUUUCCACCUGUAGUUUACAGCGGUCAAAAAAAUGAGGGUUGUGACCAACGAGAGGUUGAGAUACCCUCAAAACCCCUGGGUGUGGACAUUCCUUACAAAAGAAGGCGAAACUCGGAAGGUAAUUUGGCGUCUGUACUACAAAGGUGUCCACUGCGAGAAGACGUCGGACGACAGAAAUCAGCACACGGUCACCUACACUCGGCGGGGCGCGGAGGACUUGAUCGAAACGGGGACGGUGAAGCGACGUUAUUCCGUUGAAAAUGAUGUCGUGACGUGUGUCGAGCUAGACCCUGUUAAUGACACGGUUAUUGAAACUGUGCAUCAUGAUGUCGAUUUUUACAUUGGCGACAUAGAUGAUUUUCAACCUGGUGAAGAUUUUGUACUGGGUGUAGGUCAAGAUCCAGAGAUAUUAAGAAUUAGGCAGAUGUUCAAGGAUUUGUGGGCGAAAAAAGAACCACCCAUACUAUCCAGGGCCACCGCAGUCCCUUCGUCAUCGUCCAGGGCAACUGCAGCCCCUUCGUCAUCGGCCAGGGCAACUGCAGCCCCUUCGUCAUCGGCCAGGGCAACUGCAGCCCCUUCGUCAUCGGCCAGGGCAACUGCAGCCCCUUCGUCAUCGGCCAGGGCCAGCGCAGUGCCUUCGCCAUCGUCCAGGGCAACUGCAGCACCUUCGCCAUCAUCCAAGGCAACUGAGGCGCCUUCGUCAUCGUCCAGUAGGACUCAAGUGCCUUUGGUAUCAUCCAUUGCUACUCCACCAGCAUUUUCCUUAUCAUCCAGCCAGGCAAUCGCAAUGGACAGUGACGACGAGGUUUGCGAUGUUGAAGCUGCUUCAAGCGAGGACAUUGACAUUGACCCUCCCACUUCCACUUGCAGCACACCGCGACAAGUACAAGAAGAAGAAGACGCCAACAUCGAUAUUGAUCCCCAAGAAAAUGCCGUUGAUGCUGGUAAUGAUGAUAGUAGCAACAGGAAAAUAUUGAAGGCAACGAAAAGGCGAUCCAAGAUAAGGGGAGAAGUUCAGUUCAGCGAUUUGGACCCAGAAAAUUAUAUCGAUUGGACCUUUGCCCCUCAAUCUAUUAAGCAAAUUGGAGUGUGCGAUGAACCCGACAAAUAUGAGGUCGAAGCGGUCUUGGAUAGGCGUCUCCGAUCUAAUGGACACGAGUAUCUCGUGAAAUGGAUCGGAUGGUCAAGUGAAUUCAAUUCGUGGGAACCGGAGAGUAACUUCGUGACGAAGACAAUGAUUCAUCGAUACCUGGAAGCUUAUGGCUUGGAAAUCCCUUGAACAAAAAAAUGCAGUUCAAAGUUUUAUUUAUUUUAUUGUUCAUGAUGACUAAAAAUGUAUAAUUAUACAUUUUGUUAGAUUAGUUUUUUUAGUAUUCUAGUUUAUUUUAGUAUUCCUUAGUUUUUUAGUAAUCUAGUGACUUCCAACAAGGGUGACAUUGUUGGAUUUUGAAAUUAUUCCGAUUAUUUGAACUAUACUGAUUUCAGUGCUGCAUAAUUUUCAAAAAAUAUGACUAACGAAGAAUCGCCGUCUCAAUUAUACCCUCGAACAUAUACUUUUUUAAUCGACAGUCUAGUUUUCCAAUGACAGAUUUUACUUUCUUGUUAACAUUUCUUGUUCAAUUUCAUAAAAAUUCCGAAAAGCGCGUAACAUUAAUUUUACCAGCAAAAAAAUUGUGCAUUAUGUAUAUGUAGAAUACAUACGUAUAUGUAACUAACCAUGAAAUCAGUCUCCUCAUGAGACUGCUGGUUGAUAAAAUUCCAUCAAUCAUCCGAUGAAGGUUACGUUAUUUUAUGUCCCACUCUAACCAACCAGGUUCUUAUGUAUUUAUUUACCACAUGGAAAAUAAAAGCACGAUCCAAAAAUUUA